UGUGGCGUGCUAGGCUACUGGUUUCGGACUUUUUUCCCUCCUCUGUUGUCUUGUCUUUCGUUUAGUGUUGUUUUUAAAUCGUUUUUUUUAAACUUCUCUCGCGAGGUUUUCGGGUUUUGGUGAUUAAAACGAACACAACCGUGUAGCCGAUUUAUGGGAUGUUUUAAGUUCCUGAAGUGUUCUCUUUGAGGAACCGGCGGACGGCGGACCAUAUCCACCAGAGAUGGAUAGGCUAACAGAUAGCUGACUUAGUUGUUAGCCGAGAAUCAUAGGUCAAGAAUAGGAUCAAGCUAGCAUGCUAACAGCUAGCUAAUUUCGUGUUUUAUCAGCUAACCAAGUGACUUUGUUAACCUGUACCGUCAGAUACAGGCCACCGCCGGUUACUCCUCGGGCCUGGUUGCUACACGGUGAACAGUGUGUAACCCAGGAAGACGACUCAGUCUGUAUUAACUUAUAAGGCAAAAAAGGACAGAGGAGUAUUGUCGAGAGGUUGUUCAUUUCCCAGCCCAGACCAACAACAUGCUGUCCAAUACACAGAACCAGCCGCUGUUUCCGAACCCGGCGGGGCAGCAGAAUCCCGCCGGACAGCAGAACCCCGCCGGCCAGUUCCUUCCCUUCAACACCAGACCCAACUUACAGAUCAAGAAAAAUGCCAUCACGGACGACUACAAGGUGACCAGCCAGGUGCUGGGACUGGGUAUUAAUGGCAAGGUGCUCGAAAUCUUCCAAAAGAAGACUGGGGACAAGUAUGCACUGAAGAUGCUGCAGGAUUGUCCCAAGGCCCGUAGAGAAGUGGAGCUCCACUGGAGGGCGUCACCAUGUGCCAACAUUGUGCGCAUCAUUGAUGUCUAUGAGAAUCUGUAUCAGGGCAGGAAGUGCCUGCUUAUUGUCAUGGAGUGUAUGGACGGUGGUGAGCUUUUUAGUAGAAUCCAGGACAGAGGAGACCAGGCCUUCACAGAGAGAGAGGCAUCUGAUAUCAUGAAGAGCAUAGGAGAGGCCAUACAAUACCUCCAUGCAGUCAACAUUGCACACAGAGACGUCAAGCCCGAGAAUUUACUGUAUUCCACGAAGAGGUCCAGUGCCCUGCUCAAACUCACAGACUUUGGCUUUGCCAAAGAGACCACCUCACACAACUCUUUAGCUACUCCCUGCUACACACCCUACUACGUUGCUCCAGAAGUUCUGGGCCCAGAAAAAUAUGACAAGUCAUGUGACAUGUGGUCGUUGGGUGUCAUUAUGUAUAUCCUGUUGUGUGGAUACCCUCCUUUUUAUUCUAACCAUGGUCUAGCCAUCUCCCCCGGGAUGAAGAAGAGGAUCAGGAUGGGCCAGUAUGAGUUUCCCAACCCUGAAUGGUCUGAUGUAUCAGAAGAAGCUAAACAAUUGAUAAGGACCCUCCUUAAGACAGAGCCAACCCAAAGGAUGACCAUCACAGAGUUUAUGAAUCAUCCAUGGAUCAAUCAAUCGAUGGAGGUUCCUCAGACCCCACUUCACACCAGCAGAGUGCUAAAGGAGGAGAAGGAUGCAUGGGAGGACGUCAAGGAGGAAAUGACGAGUGCCUUGGCAACAAUGAGGGUUGACUACGAGCAAAUCAAGAUAAAGACCAUUGAGGACUCAACCAAUCCACUGCUAACGAAAAGAAGGAAGAAAGCCAGUAACACCAUUGCGGAUCCGCAGUCUGCUGCCCACUGAAAGGCGCACGCAUGCAUGCACAUACAAACACAGGUUGUAAAAAGGAAGCAAUAAUUUGUCGACAUGUGAGUCGCAUUGCAUGGAUUUUCUCAGUGUUUUAUUUUUCAUGGCGAAUUCUAAUGUUUUGUAGGAGUGUUUGUCUUUAUUACUCAACCAUUUUAACAACCCACCACUCUGCCGUAGCAGAGAGGGUGGUAAUCUGUGUUUUCACACCAGGGAAGAGAUUAUGAAUUAUAGAAAAGGGGAGGAGAGUGAGUAAGUGGGAUCUCUCUCCUCUCCUUUCCCAAAUAUCAGGUCGUGUACUCAGAGGGGCUUGAAUGUUGGAAUAGGACAUGAAGCCUUAGCAUUAGCAGUAGUUCUUUCACCCCACAGCCCUGUUCUAGCUCUAGCCCCUAAUACAUGAAUGUUAAAUCAAAUGGCUAAAUCCCAAAAAAAUAAAAAGCAAGGGAAGGUUUCUAUUACAUACAUGUAAAGUAAGCAGAUGUAUUUUGAACUGACAAGUGGAAUGUAAGGACUCUGUCCCUGACUGUUGGAAUUAGUUGGAAAUAGUCGCUCACUUCGGGGACUCGGACCGGGAGUGUCUGUCAGGUUCAGUUUGUCUUUGUGAAUGUCGAACAGAGGCCUAUGCACUCACAAGGGCCAUGUGCCAUUCUGACAGAGCACCUCACUCGCGGCCCCGCUCUCCUACCUUUUAUUCUAGGCUUGUUUCAGGUACAUAGUUUUAGGGCAGAGAAGGAGGUCACGUUUGGGAGCAGAAACUGGCUCAUCUUCUCCUGCUUGUAGCUCAAAGGAGAGUAGGAGCCAACUGAUACUGUAUUUUUUCAUGGAUUUUACGUACAUUUUAGCAUAGGCCUUAUUGAGUGUUGCUAAAGCAGCAAACAACUUUUAACCCCUACCUACCAUUUGGUUCAGGCUUUUACCAAUGUUACGCUUCAGAAUUUAUAACAUUGCCAGAUUAUAUUUCAGGUUAAUGCUAUGCAGAUGUCUUUGUCAGCUUGAAGUACUGCUAGGACCUUUUUUUUGUUAGUGUUGAUUUGUGUUUGCAUACGUGUUGGAGAGAUGUCGAGAAACAAUAGGGACUGUUUUUGUGUGUGUUUAUGUAAGCAGUAGCACCCUCUAGGGGAUACAUGAUCCUAACAGACUGGUCAAGCCCUGGAGGUCUUGAUGAAAAAGAUCGUUAAGAGUUACUGUCGGUUGCACCAACUCAGUAGCAGCCCAGAGUCUAAUCUGGUGCAGUGUCAGUGUGAACAGCACCUCCACACUUCCUGGAGGAUUUAAUAGGAAGUAGAAAGUACUUAAGAGCAGCUCCUCAUAUGGGUGCAGAACAUACCACCAGCAUGCUGUCGUCACAUUUAGAGAGGGUGUGAUGGAUGGUUUCUCUUCAGUGUCUGUUAACAAGACAGGAUGCUUCCCAGCUCACUCGGGAUCAUGGGAAAUGAUUGUAUUAAUUUUCUCAGUUUGGUCUACUUCACUUUGUAAAAUCACAUCCACGUUACUUGUCGCAUCGCACCUACAAAUCUCGCACUGUAAAAAUGUUCAUUGAAUGUUUGUGACAAUGUUCCUGUAUUUUUUUUUUUUUUUUCUUCUUCCUUUUUGUCCCUCUCAACACAUUUUUUUUAGUGGAGGCACAGAGAUGUGUGUCUUUUUUUCUGUCAUCAAGUCACCACUUGCCGUACUUUUUGUCUGCUUGCUUUGGAUUAAAAAACACAUAAA